AUGGAUCUCCCUGCGCUAUCUACAAUUCCUUCGCUUCCCCAAGAAGCCCAACUCCGUGUACUGGACACUCUCUUCGAACCAUCCCCCCGAACUGCACCAAUUGAUGAUUCCCUAGGUGGUCGCAUGUCGGCCCUCUCUGCUGUCAACUCCCCCACCGACAAGAAUGUGCUAUUUGGCAUCCUGGGUUCCCACCCUCGUCUCGGUCGCGCGCCCGCCAACCCCGAGCAUUUGAGCGAGUUAAGUAAAAAAGAGCAGGAACAAUUAAAUACUGGCGCAGAGGAACAAGCCGAGAAGCUUCUGGAAUUGAAUGCUGAAUACGAGUCACGAUUUCCCGGCCUCCGAUUUGUCUCCUUUGUCAACGGCCGCGCCAGAGAUGUGAUUAUGGUCGAAAUGCGCCAGCGUAUUGACCGGGGAAACGAAGACAAGGAAAUUGAGGAGACUAUUCAGGCUAUGUGUGAUAUUGCAAAGGACCGAGCCCGAAAGUUACAGGCGCGCAUUUAG